AUCUGCAAAUUGUGAAAUAAAGUUGUUUUUAAACCUGCUCUACGGUGGGAAACUCCACUUCACUUGACUGGGGAUCAAAAUGUCACCUAGGAGCGGCUGUAGCCUGGUUCUGCUCGUCGUGUUCUGUCUUUUUGUAACUGCUUAUUGUAAAUUUCCAACCCUAGACCACAUCAAAGCAAAAGCCAGCGACAAGGCACAGGGGAGAGCAGUGGUGGAGCUGCUCAAACGCCUGCUCGGGAACAGAUCUACGGAGUUCAUAGUGUCAGUCAACAGGAGCUUUGCCAACGACAGCCUGGAUGUGUGUGAGCUCAGAUCCACUAAAAACAAUAAGAUAGUCGCUACAGGCAGCACCGGAGUGGCCGUGGCUUCUGGCAUCUAUAACUACUUGAAAUAUUUCUGCAACUGCCAUGUUUCCUGGUCUGGUGACCAGCUGGAUCUGCCUCGUCCUCUUCCAAAGCUCACCGGCGUCCUGCGCAUCAAUACCCAGCAUAGAUUCCGGUAUUACCAGAACGUCUGUACUUUUAGCUAUUCCUCUGUGUGGUGGGACUGGCCAAGAUGGGAGAGAGAGAUCGACUGGAUGGCACUCAAUGGAAUCAAUCUGCCGCUGGCUUUCACCGGCCAAGAAGCCCUGUGGCAAGAGGUUUACCGAGCUCUUGGGUUAAACCAGUCGGAGAUUGAAGAGUUCUUCUCUGGCCCGGCCUUUCUUGCCUGGAACCGUAUGGGAAACAUUUUCAAGUUCGGUGGGCCCCUGCCACAGUCCUGGCAUGUGAACCAGCUCUAUCUCCAAUUUAAAAUCUUGGAGCGAAUGAGAUCCUUUGGCAUGAUUCCUGUGCUGCCAGCCUUUUCUGGGAACAUUCCCAAAGGAAUCCUCAGGUUGUAUCCAGGAGCCAAUGUAACCAGACUAGGGCCCUGGUCUCACUUCAACUGCAGCUUCUCAUGCUCCUAUGUCUUAGACCCUCGUGACCCACUUUUCCUUCAGAUUGGUUCCCUCUAUCUGGCCCAGGUGGUGAAGCAGUUUGGUACAGAUCACAUCUACAACACUGAUGCCUUCAAUGAGAUGACCCCACCUUCCUCUGACCCCACCUACCUGUCUGCAGUCAGUCGCUCUGUCUUCGCCUCAAUGACCGCAGUUGACCCUCAGGCAAUUUGGCUGAUGCAAGGCUGGCUAUUCUUCAGUGACGCAGUGUUCUGGAAGCCUGCCCAGAUCCAGGCACUACUACAUGGAGUGCCCGCCGGAAGAAUGAUCGUGCUAGACCUGUUUGCAGAGACCGAGCCAAUUUUCUCCUACACAGAGUCGUUCUAUGGACAGCCCUUCAUCUGGUGCAUGCUGCACAACUUUGGGGGCAACAGUGGAUUCUUUGGCACGGUGGAGAGCAUCAAUUCAGGGCCUUUUAAAGCCUUACAUUUCCCAAACUCCACCAUGGUGGGCAUAGGCAUAACACCUGAGGGCAUUGAGCAGAAUCCUGUAAUGUACGAGUUGAUGAGCGAGCUGGCUUGGCGCAAGGAGCCGGUCAACUUGUCCAAAUGGGCAUCACUAUAUGCAGUACGCCGCUAUGGCAGCACACAAGAGAAUCUGACUGCUGCAUGGAGGCUCCUGUUCGCCAGCAUCUACAACUGCACUGUGCCACAUUACCGGAACCACAACCACAGCCCAUUGGUGCGUCGGCCUUCCUUUCACAUGAAUACUGACCUUUGGUAUGACCCGGCUGAUUUGUACGAAGCCUGGAAACUGAUUAUUGAGGCAGCUCCAUCUCUCAUGUCCAAGGAGACCUAUAGGUAUGAUCUAGUGGAUGUGACUCGGCAGGUCCUACAAGUCCUGACAACUUCCUUUUACCAGGAUAUUGCAGAUGCCUACAAGAAUCAAAAGCUGCCAGAGCUGCUGACUGCAGGCGGAGUGCUGGUCUAUGACCUCUUGCCUGAGCUCAAUUGUUUGCUGAGUAGCGAUCCCAACUUCCUGUUGGGGACAUGGCUGGAGCAGGCCCGAUCCUUAGCCAUAGAUGAGAAGGAGGCACAGCUCUAUGACAUGAACGCCCGAAACCAGCUCACUCUAUGGGGUCCCAGUGGUGAGAUCCUGGACUAUGCCAGCAAAGAGUGGGGAGGCCUCAUGGAGGACUACUAUGCCCAGCGAUGGGGCCUUUUCGUUCACACCCUGGUAGAGUGUCUUGACAGCGGACGACCAUUCAAGCAGGACACCUUCAAUCAGGCAGUUUUCCAGAUAGAAAAGGGAUUCAUUUACAACGGCCGAAGAUACCCGACCAAGCCUCAGGGAGACACAUACGAGAUUGCCCGCAGGAUCUUCCUCAAGUACUACCCACAGGCCUUGAAAAGACUAUAGUGAGCAGAGCCUACAUUUUGGAAAAACUUGUCUCAAGUUGCAGCAAGAAGAAUGUCUUUCUCCACCUCCAGUUUUCGUGGCUAUCCCAAAACAUUUUGAUGUAGAAAGUCUAACAGCCUGGAUUUACAGGUACUGUUUUGCACACGUUGUAAAGGCAGUAAUGGAUAGUUGUGCAUGUUGUAGGGAAAAUAAAGAUUUUCACUUUACAUUCACACUGAAUAAAUAUCCAAUCAUGCCUUAUGAAAGAGGACGAGUAGAAAAUGACAGCAAGCGAAUGACUUCCAUGUGACCAUGUUAAGGUGUUGAUUUGGUGUGGAAUUUCAUGUGUGCACCCCCUUGGUAUUAUUUUUAUUUCUGCUGCUCUUAAAGAAACAGUUCAACAUUUUCAGAAAUACGCAUAUUCACUUUCCCAGAGUAAGAUGAAAAGAUGGAUUUGGAUGUCAUGUCUGUCUGUUAAAUGUGGAGCUUGAGUCAGGGCAUGGUUAGCCUAGCUCAGCAUAAAGUCUGGAAGUAGGGGAAAAUGGCGAGCCAGGUUCUGCCCAAAGUAAAAAAUAAGACUAAAACUGUGUUAUUUACAGUGUAUAUUGUUUGUUUUACCUGUGCACUAAGAGUAUGUAAAAAUGAAAUUUAGUGGUUUUAGGCAGUUACGUAGUGGAACUAUUUCUUGAGGAACAACAGUUUAUCCAUUCACCUCAUACUUCUGUGCUGUAUCUCUUGCUAUAGACUGAAUCACAGUGUUUGUUUGAAAUGUUUUCUGAGUAGAAAAGCCCCGCGUCACAUGCAUAAAAUGAAAUGGUGCUGAGCAAAUGUUGCUUCAGUUGGUUCGUUUUUAGCCACCUAGAAAAAAGAUCAAUAUCAGUUUAAGUGUUUGCUAUAUUUAGAAUGUUUUCAUCCCCAAUACUUUGCCAUCAGACAGCCCUAUCCGACGUGGAACUCUAAGCCACCAGAUUGACAAAAACACUAAUUUUACUUUGCAGAACACUGCAGUUGCUGGUUUACCACUGCCUCCAUCUGUUAGUGUGUAAGGUAAAGUGAAGAAAAUAUUCCAAAUACAGCAUACACUUAAACGAAUUCAGAUUUUUUUUA